CAGGAACUAUUUUCGUAAUUUUCGUAAGUGGUCCUAUCAUUCUUGAACUAUUUUCAUGGCACAGCAAGAUACCAGCACUCUGGCCCAAGGCUGCUUUGGGAAGGUCUACAAGGUAAAGUAUGGGGACCAAUGGGCUUGCGUUAAGAGGGUUCCAGUGGACUGCAUCAGCGAGACUGACCUAGUGAGAGAGUACAAAGUGUAUCGCAAAGCAAAGCAUGCAAAUGUGGUGAGGCUUCUGGGUGACCCCUGGGUAAAGGAUUUGAAAUGGAACAUUCCUCUGGAGUUUAUCUCAGGGGAAGAGCUGGAGACAACAAUCUUCUACCCUCACAAGUCUAAAAUAAAGUUGAACCGUUUUGUUCAAGCAAGCAUUAUCAGUGGCAUGUGUGCAGGGCUGACUUAUCUUCACAGUAAAGACAUUGUGCACCAGGACAUUAAACCUGACAACAUUAUGGUGGAACAUGAAACACACCGCGCCAUCAUCAUAGAUCUAGGACUGGCUAAAUUCUUCAGGGAUGGAAUAUCGUCUGCCCGUAACUUAGGCAAUUUGGCUUACUCCGCUCCUGAAAUCCUGCAGCAGCACGCUGUGCGGGACCAGCGUUCAGACGUCUGGGCGAUGGGCAAGGUCAUCGCUGAGCUGUGCAUCGGGGAGAGACUACUAACUCACACCGUCACGCCCAGCAAUAUCCAAAGUAUCCUAUCUGGGAAUCCUUACAGGAGAGCAGUGUCCAAAAUGGUGGACAGCAAUCCUGCUACUAGAGCCAGCAUGAUGACAGUGUCAGAUAAAAUCCUGCGAGCAAUAGAUGAAAUCUUAAGGGAACUUCUAAAACGGAUAGUUCCGGUCCUUGAUUGUGAUUGCCUGAAUCAUGUUCGAUGCUGUUGUAAAAUCCAGCACAAACAUACACCUUGACCGCAUUCAGUUCUAUAUUACUGCGCUACCAUAA